GCUACCCUGCUCCAUAAGAGUCUCUUUUCUCUUCUCUCUCCUAGGCAUCUAACUCCAUAUAUGCCAAAUGAAGUUCACAUGCCAUUGUUUCUAGUGAAAAAGAUAAAUCUCCUCAACUAUCAAGUUUUACAGUCGGAUCUCCACCAACUCCCUACUGCUGCUCAUUAUCCACAAUACAAAAUUCAUCUUCAAUUAUAUGAUAACGCUCUCAAUGCCAUUCACCAAAAUCUAAUUACACAAAGUUUUUAUACGUAGAGAAGCUUUUGUAAAACUGUUAUUUUCUCUGGUCUCCCAAAAUUUGCAGCCAUGAAUCAACUGAUUACAUUCUUUGUCUCAUCCUUGUUUAUCAACUCAUUGUCUUCAAUGGCUGAACCACCUAAAAAGAUUAGUGCUCAUAUCACUGUAAUGGGUAUUGUUUAUUGUGAUAUCUGCUCCAACAACAGUUUCUCCAGACACAGUUACUUCUUACCAGGAGCUGAAGUUAGAAUGGACUGCAAGUUCGAAGCAAGCUGGCACAAAACCAGAGAGCAGAUAUCAUUCUCAGUGAACAGAACCACAAAUAGGCACGGAAUGUACAAGCUAGAAAUUCCUUCUGUUGAUGGAAUUGCAUGUGCACAAGCAGCCAUUGACUCCUCCUGUGAAGCCAGCUUAAUGUGGAGUUCAUCUAAAGCAUGUAAUGUUCCUGGAUACAAAUCUUCAACAAAAGAGAUCGCAAUAAAAGUCAAACAACAAAAUAUCUGCAUCUACAGCCUUAAUGCACUGAAUUUUAGACCAUCAAAGACAGAUGCUGGCUUAUGUGGAAAUUGAAAGCCUUAAAAUUAUUGACUAUAUGGCUCUCUUAUAUUGUCUAAAGCCUAAAUUUUCCCUUCAAACCUUAGAUUCCUUCAUUAUUCCUGCCUGUAAAGCACAUGCAAUUUCAUUGUCAUCCUACUCUCCCAAGCCCAUCGAGGUUUUCUCACCUUUUUGUAUUCUGCAGGCUACACAGAAUUUUGGGAGCUAAAUUAUUAGCAGUAUUUUUUAA